ACAUCUUUACAGUGCUUUUUGGGGGUUAAGACCUGGUUUUAGGGUUAGGGUUAGGCACUUGUUUUGAUGGUUAAGGUUAGGAGGUUAAGAGUCUAUGGAAUGCAUAGUCUAUGAGUGCCCACGCUAUGCGUGUUUGUGUGUCAGCUGUCACUCAGCCUCUCUCUUGCACGUGUGAAGCGUGUGUUGAAGGAGCAGGUCUCUCCCCUGCAGGUGUGCACCUGCAGCUCACUGCUCGAUGUCUCACUGCGGAGGGAGGCUCCUGCUCCGACAACAAUGACCUGAAUGCUGAUGAUUGUGGAGAUCGACAAAGGAGAAUGAGGAGAUGAACCGUUUCCUGAGGGCUGCAGGCGAGAAUGGAGGAGGACUGCUGCUGACCGACUGCAGGGACCAGUCACCCAACCACACAGCUCCAUCCUCCUCCUCCUCGUCGUCUUCCUCCUCCUUCAUCUCCAUCGUCUCCUCCUCCUCCUCCUCCUCAGCCGACAGACACGCAGCCCUACCCUCGCUCCAGACCCGUGCACCUGGCGGCGGCGGGUCGGAGCCGAGGAGAUCCGCAUCUAAACGCAGCCGAGCCGGCCGGGAGGGACGAGAGGAACCGGGGGCGGCAGCGGCGGAUCACUCAGCGGCUGCUGUCUCGGUGCACGGCGGCGGUGGAGACGCGUGCGUCGCGAAGCAGCAGCAACAGCAACAGCAGCAGCAGCAGCAGCAGCAGCAUCAACAGCAGCAGCAGCAGCGUCGGGAGGUUCAAGGGCGCAGCGUCGGUGGAGACACUGUGGAGAUGAUUUCAGCGGUCAGCAGAGAGGUGGACGGCGGCGGCAACAAUAAUAACUGCAACAGCAGCGGCAGCGUCUCCGAGGUGACCACGGCCUCUCCGUCUGCGCCAUGCGCCAAAGGCAAGGAGGAGAGGAAGGGGAAAAACGUGAUCCGGGGCUGGAAGAGGGACAGAGACAGGGACAGGGGGAGGGAGAGGGAGAUAGACGCCGCCACUGUCGCUACUCCUGCUCCUCUCCGCACCACCAGGAAAGAGAAGCCCGGUGAUGGCGUGUCUCCUCCUCCCUCCGUCUUCCACGCGUCGUCCGCCCUGCCCGAGCAUCAUCUGUGCCGCGACGGCCCCGGACUCUGCCGCUGCGCCUCUCCGGACUCCAGGAUCAUGGGAGAUAACAACAACAAUAACAACAACAGCAGCAACAACAACACUAACAACGUAAACAAUAACAACAACAACAUCGCGAGUAACAAAUGCGCGCUACAGGAUUGUGGAGUUAAAGGCGGCAGCGGCGCUAUUGUUGUGAGGCGGCAGCAUGACGACACACCGGCCGCCAAGAAACAUAGAGGAGCCGAGAAGGUAGACCCCAUGUUUACGGUGCCAGCUCCCCCUGCUGCAGGUCACCCUGGAGCCCCCGGUUCCUCUCUGCCUUUGGCUCCUUCCUUCUCCCCUCCAGCACUGCCCACCUUGAACCCAAAGCAGAUGGCAGUGAAGACGAGGUCAGUUGGCACCAACACACAAGAAGGCAGCGUCUCAGGGAUACUGGAGGCGGACUCGGCCUGUCUGGGGCCUUGUCAGCCUGGGACCAGUGUCAACCUGGAGGGCAUCGUUUGGCAUGAAACAGAAGAAGGUGUGCUGGUGGUGAAUGUGACGUGGAGGAAAAGGACCUACGUGGGAACUCUGCUGGACUGCACUAAACAUGACUGGGCUCCACCGAGGUUUUGUGAGUCUCCCUCCAGUGACCUAGAGUUGCUAGGUGGGCGUGGUCGGGGGAAACGAAUGCGAAUGGCCAUGGCUGAGCGGCCCUGCAUUGAGCCAGUCCCUGCUGCCAAAGUCCGAGGUCUAUCACAGCACAGGAGCCGUGGAGGUGGUGUGGCUGGAACCACUGCACCUAUUCACACCAAGGGACGGAGAGGUAGCCUCAACCUCAUCAACAGCAACUGCCGAACUCCACCCUCUUUCUUCACUGUAGAGGAGAUGAAAUCUUCCAACAACAACAGCCUCUCGUCUGGUAAGCGAAAGAACAAACCACCAGCAGACCUGGACCUCAGCCUAGUGUCAUCUGAUGACAUUAAAAAUGGAAAUGGGAAGCGGAUUCGAGCCAAAUCCCGGAGUGCCCCAUCAACACCUCAGGGCAAAUCGGACCCUUCAUUCAUGGAUCCAGGUGGAGGUUGUGCUUCUUCACCACCUCCCCCUCCCAUUCUCAUUGACUGCCCCCACCCCAACUGCACUAAACGCUACAAGCACAUCAAUGGACUGCGCUACCAUCAGACACAUGCACACCUGGAGGCUGAAGAGCAGAGGAAACCUGAACUGGAGCCCAUUAAGGAUGGAGAGAGUGAGGAACGACUAUCAGAUUGUGAAGAUACCAUCAGCAACAUAGCAUAUGACCUGUCAGACACAAAUAAUAGUAGUAAUGCCAACAGUUCCUCUAAGAAACCUGCUCCUCUAUACAAGGUGACCACAGUAGGGUCUCCUAAAAACAGGCGGCUACUUCUUAGUACAGACCACAACCCCAUAGCUAACUCUAAAACCAGAAGAACCUCACUUCUAAAAGAUGGGCUGAUUGAUGACCUCAGCAAUCUGCCCAUUAUCUCUAACAUGACUGUUGUUUUGGAGAACUGCAUGGUCCCAGACAGGAACUCUAUGGUAGAGAUGCCCAAACUAGAAGCUGAAGGUUUGAUUGACAAAAAGGGAGGUGCUUGUGAAAAGGGUAAAAAGGCCAACGGGAAGGUAGAGAAGCUGUCCAAGUCGCGGACGAACCGGCCAAUUGCCCCAGCCCCCGCUCCACCCAAGCUGAUUGCCAUACCAAAUGCAACAUAUCCCUCUAGUACAGCAGAUACUCCUGCCUUACAGCCGCCCUCUCCAAUGGCAGCAGUAGGCCUCACAAGUAAGAACCUUCCGUUAAAACCCAUCAAACCAAAGCUGAGCAUUGUUGUGGAGCCAAGUCUUGUCAAAGCCACUCUAGUUACCUGCAGCAAAGAGACCAGGAAGAAAGAAAAACGGAGGCUGAAGGACAAACAUAACAAAGAUGUACCAUCCAGGAUGCCGAAUGGAGACAGCAGUGGAAUCAAAAUGGAAGAUGGAGGUGGUGGAUCUAAAAUGGGUGUCAAGGAAAUUUCUGGAAGUCUUCUGAAGGAACACCUCAGUAAGCAAGAUAUGAUAAAUGGACUUACAGAGAGCCAAGAGAGUAGGAUGGCUAGUAUCCGUGCAGAGGCUGAUAAGGUCUACACCUUUACUGACAAUGCUCCCAGUCCCUCCAUUGGCAGUUCAUCACGGCUUGAUGCAAAUGGUAGUUGCCUGGCAACAGCAGAUAGCAGCAGCAAGAACAACAGUCCGGCCUACUCUGACAUCUCAGAUGCUGGGGAUGAUGGGGGAUCUUCCGAGUGUCGCUCAGAUGGACUCAGGUCCAAGUCUAGUUCCUCGGUCUCUUCUGAGAUGAACUCCAAUAGCAACCAUGGAAACCCUAGUAAAACCCCACCUACAUCAUCUGCCCCAUCAUCAAAAGACUCCCAAUCACCGUACUACCACAGCUAUGACCCUUACUACCUACAGGGGUAUAUGCAGUCAGAUAAGCAAAACAGCAGCAGUGUUGCUUUCCACAAAAGCUCUGCUCAUGAUGGCAAAGGGAAAGACAGAAAGGAUGAUGUUAUUGAAGAUGACAAAAGCUCCUCCCAUGAGUUUUCUGACUCUAAGAAAGGUGAGGGGCCACCUCAGUCUCAGCUCCAGCUGGCUAUGAGUCACACCCAGACUGCUUUGGCCCAGUCCCUGUACUAUGGACAGUACUCCAGAGGACUGUACAUGGACCAGAAACUGUUACUGGCCUCUAAAUGCUGUGACCAGCCACCCAGUGUCAAGCAGAGAGGCGAGAGGGGACAGGGGUUAAGAGACAGUGAGGACGUGAAACAUAUUGUUGGGUGUUCAGUCAGUGGACCCACGCUUGGGAAAGGUCCAGAUGGUUCCAAAGGGUGCAGUUCCAAACCAGUCCUCUCAUACGUGGAGAUGAGUGAGAGAGGAGAAAGGGGACAGAGUCUGAGCUUAAAGGCAGUGCACGGAGUUAUGGUGGACCAGCACCAGGUCUUGAUGAAAGAAUGUGAUGACAUCAAGUCACCGUCUACUUCCUCUUCUUCAUCACUCCACAACCCAAACAGUCAGGCAGAUCUGGACUCAAAUGUUACCUUUUCAAGUCCCUCAGACGGCCCCACCUGGGCUCACCGCCUUGCUCACAGCAAAUACUCAGAGCUACAGAGUCAACAUGGAGAGGAGGCUGAGGAAGGUGAGGCAGACAGGGGGAAAGAAUGGGGAGCUACCGUGGAGCCUGCUGGAGCCAAGAUGACCCAGGGAGGAGUAGUUGGCGGAGAGAGGGGAGGAGGCGUGGGCGGAGACACUAAAAAAUCCCGGGUCCAUGGAUCCCACGAUCUUCCACCUCACAUCGAUGCUGAGGACUCGGACCGGCUGGAAGGGCUGGAUGAUCAAGGUCAAGAGCCUAUAGGAGGGUUUUCUGAGGAGUCCCAGAGUGCCCGUGCAGCAGUGUCUCCUCCAAUGACUCCCCAGCAGCCCUACAUCCAGUAUCAGCACUCCUCCUACCAGCCCUACCUGACAAUGUGUGAGAGCGGCGGGGGAUCCUACAGAGGCGUGUCCCCGACACUAGUCCACAAUUACCCAGGUUUCCACUAUCCUCUGUAUGGUAAGACGGCGGGCAGGGAGGAAUCUGAGGUGAUUCCACCUGGCAGAGGGGCAGUGAGCAGCAAGCAGAGCAGUGACUCCUCGUCGUCAUCAGCCAUAGAGCUGCUGCAGCAGCAGAGCCACCCGUACCAUGGAAAAUCACCUGCUCCUGGCGAGAAGGGUUCCCCUGAGGGAGAGAGAGAAACAGAAAGAGAGAGAAACCAUGUGUCGUUCGCUCGACACCUUCACACACACCAUCACACUCAUCUGGGCAUGAGCUACAACCUGAUGUCAGGGCAGUAUGACAUCUACCAAGGGUUGAGCUCCAGGUCGCUGGUCUCCAGUCAGCAUGUGUCAGGACACUCAUCCACAGAGAGUGAAUCAAAGAAGUAGGAUCAUGUGACCACGUCUUACAUGAGGAAUUUAUCACAUCAAUUCCAUGGUGUUGAAUCAGCGUCGCCUCGCUGAGAGGCAGAGAACUAAAUCAAACAAAAAAAUAACUAUUUCAUUUCUUACAAAUGACAACCACCUGUUUUAUAACACCUCACCCAGAGAGGGACGGACGAACAGGUGAACGGACGACAGGAUUGGCACCUUUUUGAAGGAGAAACUAGCUGUACAGAUCCAGGAUCAGACAUUUGAAGUUUUCAGUUUUGCAGAGUUUUGACAGACAAUGUGUAUAAAACAAAACAUCCCAGAGCGCGGCACCCUCAGCUCAGCUGCAGCCGUGCGCGACUUAAUAAAAUGCACAUUUAUCGUAGUGUAUUCUUAUGAAGAUAUGACUGAAUGUAAUGAUUACUUAAUUUAUCCAGAUAGUGUUGAUUGUUUUUUAAACUUCUAUUUGGAAACAGCAUUAGGAAGCUACAAAGUCUAUUAUCCUCAUUAUUCUCAUUCUGAUUAAUGAAGUGGUCCUCCCUCCCUCCAUAGUGCUGACGCUACAUUUGUAUUACUAACCUGUUCUUGAGCGUAACCAUGUUGAUUGUAUUGUCUUUAUGUGAGAGUGAACCUUCACAUCGACCUGCCCAGUGCCAUGUAGGAGCCCAGUGGUGUAUAUAUUCUGUACAGAUUCAUGGCCAAGCACUAACAUGCUUUAUCAUAUUCUCUAUGUUGAUCUCCAUCAGCCCUGCAGGGGAGCAGCAGGCAGAGCAGGACAAACCAGCAGGAACACAACAUCCAUGUGUUUGGUGUUUAAAUCAUAGGUUUGUUCUUCUGACGUCAUCAACGGUAUUCUGAGACUCACUCUGUGGCAUCUUUGACCUUUUCAUUCACCAUAUUUCAACACAUCCUGGUAGUCAUGAGACUUCACAUACAGUACUUAACAAAUGUAUUAGACCACUAAAACUAUAAUUUGACAUCUUAAUCAUAGAAUAAUAAUGUGCUUUACUAUUUUUUUCCCGUUUGUAAAACAGUGUAUUAGAAAAUUCAUGGAUAACUAUAAUAAUACCUAUAUUUUACCAUUAAAAAUAUAUUUUCUGUUAAAGAGCUUCUACAUACUGAUGUAAUAACGAUUACAGAAACAUUAACUUACAAAUGCUGUUAAUUUAGGGCAGCUGUGGCAUAAACCUUACAUUGGAUUGUGGUCUAAUACAUUUAUUAAGCACUCUUUGCAGCUGUUAAAUAUUGUUAUUAUUAUUACUACUAUUAUUAUUAUUAUUAUUAUUAUUAUUAUUAUUAUUAAUAACAAUAAUAAUAAUAAUAAUAAUAAUAAUAAUAACAAUAAUAAUAAUAAUAAUAAUAAUAAUGAUAAUUGCAAAAAGUAAAUGUUUUGUUUCAAUCUUACUUGUAAAAUCUCAUAAACAUUCAUGUGCCACAGACUGACAACUUGCCAAAUUCAUCAUGUAACUGGUAAUAACUUCACAAGAAAGUUUUCUUUGAUAUCUAUUUUGAAUAACAAGCCACACACAAAAUACUGUGUUGCAAAAUGGAAAGGCUAGAAAACCAGCUUGAAGUAAAUGCUGAUGAGAUCCUGUUGGGAAAGAAUGCAUUCUGCCCCUGCUCCCAUGCCUUGUACAAGCUAACUAGCUCAUUGCAGAGCCUCUGAUAGACAGAAUGAUCAGUACUGAACUUUUGAUUCUCAUUUCCACAAACUGGUGCUGCUGGUCAUUUUCAACCACUGAACCACUUCCCAGUACACGGGUUGAUCCAUUCAGGUAUUCCAGACAGCAGAUCUUGACUGGACUCACAGGGCUGUGUGGGUUAAUUUGGGGUUAAUGAAAUAAGUUGAACAAAAUACAUUUUCUGUAUUAUCAUUUGUAUCAUCUAACCUGGCCCAUGCUGACUGGAAGUUUUCAGAAAUUGGGAAAAAAGGACAAGGUCAGGAAAUCCAUGUGAUACUCUUAGAAUUAUAUAUUUGGAAACAAAACUAUUCUUGUGGUGUGGAAAAUGUAAGAUUAGGUUGGCUGCAUGAGAUGUCAUUCCCAUCAAUAUCAUCAUUCACAUUAACAAAACAAAACAAAAAACUAAUAACAAAAAAAAAGCAAAAUGUGAAUUUCUUACUUUGAUCAAGCUCAACCUAAAAACUAAAGACUUAGACUAAGACUAAUUACUUUACUGUCAGUCUAAUGUAGCAGCUGCAUGACUUGCUGUAUCAUACCCAAAGUAUCGAGUGUAGAUGUAAGACAGAGAAGACAGUGUUGUUAAUGAAUGAGUUAUAGCCCAGCUAUGUAAACCCUGCCUCAUUAUUUGUUUGCGUUUGUCUCUACUACACAUGCAAACAUGGCAAUUCAUGCAUCCAUCGUAUUAUGUUGUGGGAAAUUGGUUUUGACUGCAGCAGUUAGCUCUGUUGUUAACUCAGUCAACUCAUGACUGGUUGACAUAACAUGCCAUCAUUGCUGUCUCCACUUUCUUUUCUUUUUUUCAACAUUUUCUGCCAUGCAUGGAUGUAACGUUUCCACUCGAAAUAAUGUUGAUCUUUAACCAGACAUGUCAACAAAGGACACGUCAUACAACACAGAUGUAACUGCAUGCUUUAGGUCUAAUAGGCGGUGAGGUGUCGGGGGGGCGUGAGAGGCAGGGCAGGACAACUCAUACAGUGGUUUAUACAGAUAAAUAAAUAAAAAAUGAUCAGGUUCUCAAUCGUGGGGGGACAGAACCACUGCCCUAACACUGUCCCCUACUGAUUACAUCUUUAUGUAAGCAUAGUGCUGAUUUCUGUGACUCUGAUAAACAGACAAAGGAUAUUCACAGCAGCCACUUCCCCUUGUACUCCUAGAUUUUAUUUACCCAGUUACAAGUUUGAAGUAUUAAUGGUAUCAUGAUCACCCCCUGAAGUUUUAACUCCAUGUUUUACACAAUGUACUGUCCUACUGGUGCUACUGUGUUUUUGUGUAUGAAACACUGGAUAGGCUAAUGUGGUCAUCACAUGGACCAGAUCAGCUGCAAACCCAGCCAUAAUGCUAACAUUAACCAAUGAAUAUUCAACUUGUUAAGUUUUGUGCAAACUGGAACGCACAUACUGUAACUCGGGUAUGAUGUUAUUUCCUGUUCUGACUUACGACUUGCGAGGCAACUGGUAUGCACUAAUUGGUGACAGUGAACAAUCAGCAUGGUCCAGUUUGGCCAACACAUGUUGCAUUUACUGUCCCCUGAUGCUGUAUUCACAUCACAAGGAAUGAAAAAAAUGUCUUUACAAUCACUUAUAAAUCUUGUAAAUGCAGCAUAAGGUCAAAUACACAUCAUUUUCUAAAGUCUCUGCCUGCACAUUAAAACAUUGGCUGAACUUUGUCUAUCAGCAGCUCUGCCUCACUUAUACAACACCUUACCUGCAUAGUAUCAGUGAUCAUUCUAUUACUUGAAUAUAGUGCUAUGAACUAUGUUUACAAAAUGCUGUCAACUUUUGGAGACACAGUUUUGUCUUAUAAAGGUUGCUUGGUAUGUUCAGUUCAUCCACCCUGUGUAAUCAUUUAAUAACACACUGAAGUCGUACAUAUAUGAAACCUGCUGUUGCUUUUUUUAUACUGUAUAUGCCUUAAUUCAUAUAUUUGGCAAUCAUGAUUAAAGGACGUUUAUAUAUA